UGACAAACGUUAGCGGCAGCCGAGCAGCAUGCAGGAGAAACUCUGAUGUUUAACCUUUGAAUCAGAGGAGAGGAGAACUCCAGCUUUGGUUAUAGUUUUGAUUGAGAGCCCUCUAGUGGCAGGAAAUGACAUAUUGUGUGUUUAAAUAGAGUGCAGGUGAAGGGAAGGAAGAAGGACAUAAAACAUGUGAGCCACAAACAAACAGGAUACCAGACGCACUUUGUCUGUUUACUUAUAAUUGAGAUUAGAACAGGAACUAAAUCACUUCCAGCCGCCUCACACACUAACGGGAGCCCAGCAGCUCUGACUGUACAGACGCAGGAUGAACUGCUGUGUUUAGUUCUUAACUCUCUUGCUCUGCAUCCUGACUGGAGGCCCUUGAGUGGUCGGGACACAGGAUGGCUCACUGUAAAGAUGGCUGUUGUCCUGGCCUCCAUCAUAUCCUCAGUCUCCUCCUUCAGCUCCUCCAAGUUUAUUAUCUUUGUCAUCUUAAACUAUGUACAUCUAUAAAUGUCUUUAUCUAUUAUUACUGAAUAUAAAUGCAGCAAGAAUUCAUUUAUUCUUCCUUUGGUCCCGCAGAGUCCCACUCCCAUCCUGAGCAUGGAGCUGUCCACAAAGAGAAGACGGCUGUAUGUGUCCAGCGAGCUCGGCGUGGCCCAGCUGGGGCUGCAGAGGUGUGAGCUGUACGGGGCGGACUGCGCUGAGUGCUGCCUGGCCAGAGACCCUUACUGCUCCUGGGACGGACAGACCUGCUCCAGAUACUUCCCCAGCAGCAAGAGGCGAGCGCGGCGUCAGGAUGUAAAGCACGGAGAUCCCUGGAGUCAGUGCCCCAUCACAGAGGACGAUUCAGACUCCGUGCAGGUGAAGCUGGUGUACGGUGUGGAGGAGAACUCCACCUUCCUGGAGUGCGUUCCUCGGUCUGCGCAGGCGGAGCUCAGGUGGGCGGUGCAGCACACAGAGAGCCAGCAGCACGCGCUCAGUCAGACAGGAAGCAGACAGCUCCGUCAGAGCGAUGAUGAGCGCUCCCUCCACCUGAAGCGGGGGUUGCUGGUUCAGCACCUGCAGCUGUCUGACUCCGGCCUCUACACCUGCUCCAGCCUGGAUCACUCCUACAGCCAGGUCCUGGCCCGAUACCGCGUUCACAUAAUCCCCAACCACAGCCUCCAUCCAACCCGCUACCAGCAGAACCUCAGCCAGAACCCCCCGGGCCCCGUCGUCCUCGGGAGGACCAGUUCAGCCGGGAUCGCCGGGUUUCUGGGCCAAUCGGGGCCCCCCCAUCCACCCCCUGCGGCGGCGGCGGGACACAGGAACUCGUGGUUUCCUCUGAAGAGCUACAAAGACCCGCACAUGGUGGGCAGCAACAGUCUGAGCGUGGACGAGUACUGCGAGCAGCUGUGGUACCGAGAGAAACGCCGGCAGCAGAAGCUGCGCACCAUGAAGCUGAAGCAAGAGAGCAGGAAAGCCCGAGUGAGGAGGAACAACCCUCCGGAGGGUCCUCUCUAGUCACCUGGAGGACACACAGACUGCUCAUGACAACAGAUCCUGCAGAGGACACACAAAGGUUCAUUUAUCAUUUAUCCAAAGACAUUAGUAUAUCUUCAUCCUAAACAUUUGGACCUUUAGACACAACAACAAACAGAAUUUAUAUUAUUCGCUAUAUUCUUGACUGUUUGGCACCGUUGGCUCAAAGCUUCAGCUAAAAGUGAAAAUGUUAUUUGACAACAUGACAGUAAGACUAUCUCAGACUCACAGGUGUGUAAGUGUGACGUGUACAACACAUUGAAGCGUGCAUGUUUGUUGCUGACCGUGCAAGACAAUAUAUUAUCUGUCCACCUCAACAGAGACGAGUAGACGCGGUUCAUGCUUCUCAUUAGUGUGUUACCUCCAGGACAUGUUGUUGGGAGAAUGUCCUGCUGCGAACGACACCUAAAAACAUCAACAUCGGUUAAUGUGCUCGCUGUAUUUAGAAUAUUUCCCCACUUUAACUUGCUGUCAGAGCCAUUAUCCAUCAUCUCCUCAGAGCCACCAGGCUCCAUUGACCAAAACAGUCGUUUUACCUGCAGAACAUCAGAGCUUCUGAUAAACUGCUGCUUUGAUUGGUUCGUUUGUUUGUUAUUAAGUGACUUUAUUCAAUUAAAGUUAGUUAGUUUGGAUUCGCAAAGUUUGAAGAGAAAGUGGAUUGAUCAAAAAUACGUUUUGCUGCAGAACAUUGUUUAUCUUCCUGCUUCCUGUUUCUACUGCAGGUAACACACUGAAUAUGAAGACGUACCUCACACACCUGAAACAAUCCAAACUAUCCUUUAAUAUUAACAUGUGUUGCUUUUUGCUAAAACAUCCCAAUUAGCAACAGUUUAUUUGUCAGCUAGGCUACUUAGCUUAGCAUUGCUGAACACUGUUGUAGCGUUAGAGAGACGUCACACAACGUCUUCUUCAUGGACUUACAGGUGAACGUGUAUCAGGAUCUCACACACACCUUGCUUGAUGUAUAGCUUAUUCAUUCUGCCAUGUAACUAAUAAUUAUUAUUCACAUCAAUGUAUAUUAAAGAACUCUAGUUUUGAUAGUUUUCUUAUUUGUAUUCUAGACUUCAGUUUAUAUAAACUUGCGUGUUUCUCAUAAAAGUGUUUUUAACUUUACAACUCUAAUAAGCUUUGGGAUCAGAAUGUUUGAUUGUGUUGUAUAACUGAAUGUGAAUAAUAAAAAUAUAAAAACA